AAAUUUUCGAUUCUCUAAUAACGCGUAGUACUAUGUAUGUUCCAUUAAUCUGAUCAUAUCCCAAAAUCCCUCCUAGGUAAUUGCUAUUAUUGUCUUUGGUCCCUUCAGGUUCAGAAUGCAGUGGUUUCCGGCUUUGAGAGUGGCUGUGAUCACCAAAUCAGAAGACACAAAAGCGAAAGCCAUGGAAGAAGUGGAAGAAGGAUUGUUGCAACUAGAGGAUGCGUUUGUUUCUAUAAGCAAAGGGAAACCCUUUUUUGGCGGUGAAGCAAUCGGGUAUAUGGACAUUUGCUUUGGAAGCUUGGUGGUUCUCUUGAAGGCUAGAGAGAAGUUUAAAGCAGAAAAGCUUUUAGACGAAUCAAAAACUCCUUCUCUUUGUAAAUGGGCCGACCGGUUCUUAUCCGAUGAAACAGUGAAGAAUGUGGUGCCGGAGAUCGAUAAAGUAGUUGAGUUUCUGCAAGAACUUGAGGUUAGAGCUCAAUCUGCAGCUUCAAGAUCUUGAGAUUAUCUUAGAAAUGUAUUGCAAUGCAUGUUUACAUGUAAAAUUAAAUGAAAUAAGCUGAAGUUUAAAGUGUUGUGUUCAGUGUAUGCUAGGAUUUAUAUAAUGAUACACAAUCUAUGGACUAUUUUCAGUUUAUUUUUAUCGAAAAAUGUAAGGGUCAGCCCAAGAUUACCAUGGGGUCCUAGGAAAAAUCAAUUUUUGCACUUUAA